AUGAAGGGGCCAAGUGAUUCGUUUUGCCUCUUGCAAAACGCUCUUAAUGAUUUUGCAACGGUCGGUACGGGUCGCGUGUGGUUUUUGCUCUUCGUUCGGUCGCAUUUGAAGAAAAUGCCAACGCCGGACUACAGCGUCGAUUUGGAACUUGGGGAACCCCUCCCUGAACUUUUGGAGCAUGCCCGGUUGCAUUGCGGUGAGGACCCCAACACCCGGCUACAGGCCAUCUAUGAGCUGAAAGAGAUGAUUUACGAACGCGGCGAGUGUAACCCGCACAGGAUGGAUGACGAGUUUUUAGUACGGUUCUUGCGAGCGCGAAAUUUUAUACCCCAAAGAGCGCAUAAACUGAUGGUCAAUUAUUACCGAUUUAAAAAAGAAAAUCCAACACUAUUUGAAAACAUCUACCCAUUGAACCUCCACCAUAUUGGUGACGCCAACAUAAUUACCGUGCCACCAUAUCAUGACCAGAAUGGCCGAAGAUUGCUCAUAUAUAGAGUUGGUUGUUGGGAUCCAAAGACUAUUCCGAUAGAAGAUUUGUUUAAGGCCACCAUCUUGGCUUUAGAAUUGGGCAUGCUGGAACAGAGAACUCAAAUUUUAGGCGGGUUGGCAAUUUUUGACUUGGAAGAUAUUGGCACACAGCACGCCUGGCAAGUCACGCCUUCCAUUGCUGCUAAAAUUGUCAAACUCUUAGUGUCGUGCUUCCCCGCGACGACGCACGCCAUCCACGUCGUCAACCAUUCGUGGCUCGUCGACAAGAUGUACAACAUUUUCAAGCCCUUCCUCAACUCGGAUAUGCGCUCCAAAAUCUACUUCCACGGCUACGACCUUAAUUCCCUGCACCAGCACGUGCUUCCAGAGCACUUGCCGGAACGGUACGGGGGGACCUGGCCCGACUACUCGUACAGGAUCUGGCUGGAGUCGCUAAGGAAGAACUUUCUGGUGGCUAAGGAGAUGGUUGCUUGCGGCUACAAGUUUCGCGAGGAGGAGAUAUGUCCAGAGGUGGUUAGAAAAUUGAAGGAGGCAGAAAUAAAUUUCGCG